AUGUGCGACCAUUCGCUGACUCUGGCACAGACUGAAGUCAAGAAAUCACGAAUCCUUCGCUGUCAAGAGUGUGGCCUUGCCGUAGCUCGACCAAGUCAUUUGGCACGUCACCUGCAGUCCCAUCUACCUCCAGCUCGCCGUGAACACUUUCCCUGUACCGAGUGUGGACGCCAGUUCUCUCGCAACGAUGUCCUGCUCCGGCACCUGCGGACUGCCCACCAGUCUUAUACCAGUCGCAAAAGAUGCGCACAGAAAAGCUGCUUUCGCUGCGUCAAGAAGAAAUUGAAGUGUGACAGAGGCCAGCCAUGUCUGCCCUGUGCGAAGUCGGCCACCAGCUGUGAAUAUGCAGUGGAUGUGUCCCCAGAAGACACCGAGGCUGAAGCGCCACGGGAGAAGAAGACAGGCGCAAAGAACUCCGAUAACCAUCAAGUGAAGGAGCAGGCCUUAUGCGAGAAUAAUGGCUACAAGGUCUCGAACUCUUAUCAAGAUGAUGCCACUUCAGACCCGCCAGUGGUUCAAGCGAACCAUGUGUACAUUCCCAAUCAUACUCGGAGUUCAGCAGGCGCCCAAGGGUAUCCUGAGACUGCCCACUACUUCCAGUCGCCUUCAGAUGGUAACGGCCCGGGCAUCAUGGCUACGGACGUGGCUUCUUAUCCUGCGCUGAGCCCGACGGAAGGGACAGCAGCGUUCACUCAGCCGUACAUGGCGUUUGAAAAUGCCUACCUACCAGCCGAGUUCAAUUUCUUUCCUUCGAAUUCAGCGCCCAGAAUUGCCGGCAUGGCCGAGGGAGGCCUUGACUGGCUGGGUCUUGAACUGGACUCCCCAAACGAUGGCGAUGUUAGGGCGCAAACGAUGGGUCAGAUAUAUUCACCUGGAUCUAUACAGUACAUACCUAACCAAGCCAUGAUGCUUGGAGACUCUGAAGCCCUCUUCGGCAGAUUUCAAUCACUCAAUGGAGCCGGAAUGCCACAAUCUAGACCCAAGGACAGCAUGAGUACGGCAAACACACCACGAGCGGGAACCCAACAAUGGCCUUUUGAUCAUACAGGGAAUCCAGAGCCACAAAAACACAAGUUGCCACCGUUGCGGGAUAUCCUUCAAGGCACUAUCUCUGCCAGUGACAACGGCAACACCAUACGAAGUCUGGUUCAACUUUUGUCCACGUCAUAUCUACCCGACGUUGAAUCGGCAGACAUGAGUAUGAUGACUGCCAUGGAUGUGCUCAAAACUUCAUUGGACCUAUAUUUCACCGAAUUCCACGCUGUGUUGCCUCUAGGUGGUUCCGAUAGCACCAACUUCUACAAACCGGCUUAUCUGAUUGCUUGCUGUCUGCACCAAAUCUACUCCUUAGGCUCCGGUAACAGGCGCCUAUAUCAGAAUGCGGACUGUAACAGGGGCACCUUGGUUGGAUGUCUACGAGGAAUGGGCAUCCUCAAGUCUCGUGUCAGCACCGAGGUCGAGAAUGAAGAUACCAGAGAUGUCUUGACUGUCGACAAUGCCACGAUUGAAUGGUUACGUUGGAAGGAUCAAGAGGAAGAGAAGCGUAUUGCAUGGUCUGUCUUCGAAUAUGACUGCAGUCUUUGCACUUUGACUUCCAGAAGGGGCGCGAUUGAUCUCCCUGAGCUUCCCAGCCAUCUGCCCUGUGCCGAGCCAUUGUGGGAUGCGCCUUCGGCGCAAGCAUGGAGUGCACUUUAUUCUCGGCUCUCCUUCACCGCGCGAGGAGCUCCAACGUCAAGGAUUCUUCGCAACCUGCUAGCAGGCAAGGCGCUCCCGACGGAUCUGCCUGCUUGGAGCAAGAGACUCUGCGGGCAGUACAUAGGCCGGCUUCUAUGGGACCUCAAGCAGUUGGACAUCAUGGCGACCAAUGAGUAUCUCAAAUUGCCUUCCAUGUCCGCCGCUCAGCAACACACCAAGUCUACCCUUCUUCAUGGGCUCAACACCAUCUGCGAGUCAAUGUAUUCUCCGGCCACGACUGCGGAGUUGAUCCACUACAACCUUGCGUCUCUCAUCUGUCAUUACUCCCACUUAUACAGCGCGGACGAGGCAAUGGACCUUAUUGUCCACAUCUUCCGGACCUCGGCUUCGCCAACAAAAUCACCUGACCCUAGCGCCAUGUCUGCAAGACGCAGACUCGGUGCAAUCUUGGCCAAGAACCCUCAGAAGGCCCGGAAUCUGGCAUGGCACGCGGCGCAAAUCAUUGCCGUGGCUAAUGAGUACCUCGUGUCGGCGCCUUGCGAGAUCCUGAGGGUUUUUAUGGGGUACAUCUUCAUUCUCGCCUUUGCCAAGUUUGGACCACAACCGUCCUCCAACUCGAACUUUGAUUCGUCCCCUGUCCGACUGGACCUUUCCAAUCGGAUAGCGGAUCAAAGGACUGCUAUUGCUGCUUGGAUUCAGCAUGGAGGAUUUGCAAGUAUCGGCUUGGUCAAAAAUAUUUACAGCAACGGAGGGCUAAAUGCCAUAAGUCAGGAGGCUCAGACGAUGCUGAGACAGCUGAGAUACUGGGGUCUUGCAAAGAAGUUCAUCUGGAUCCUCGAGAGCUUCGACCUCAUGGACUAA